AUGGCAAUCAGAUUACACAGCCCAAUCGCUCGGUUGCUGUAUGAGAAAUUCGAACACACUCAAGAACACCUCGAUUCCAAACACGAACAUUGGUACACUGUUCGUUCUGAAUUACUUUCAAACUAUGCCAUGAGUCGUUUUCACCAAGCUGAGCAAGAUGAAGAAACUGGCGAGUUUCUCCAAUCAUGCUUCGAAAAGUCCGACUGGUUUUUUACGCAAUUGUACCAUGCAGUCUCCAAGUCUAUACUAACUUGGUUUAUGACAGUGACUUCAUCUAAUGGGCUGCUAAACCGUGGAUCAAUGUUUGUUUUCUCAAGUGUCCUCUUCCGAAAGUUACUUGAUGUGGAUGAUUCUUGGAAGGGAGAAAAGCUAUUAGAUUUAGGCGCGGGAGACGGGCGGGUCACUAUGCGAAUGGCUCCGAUUUUCGACCAGGUUUACACGACGGAAAUUUCUCCUGUCAUGAGGUGGCGACUUCGUCAGGCAAACUUCACAGUGCUUGGGGUUGACGAUUGGGACAAACCCGGUGCCCUGCAGGUCACUUCUGCCGACCCAACUCAGCCCCCUAGCGUAAGCCCUGCUCCUCCGCAAUACGACGUUGUGGCUUGUCUGAAUCUUCUGGACCGCUGUGCUGCUCCUCUCACCUUGCUGCGGAGAAUUCGAGCGGUUCUUCGACCGAAAACCGGGCGUCUUGUCCUCGCACUCGUCUUGCCUCUCUCUCAGUAUGUUGAAAGUGAGUUCGCCUUGUGGACCAAUUUGUUUCCGCCAUGUUUACUGCCACAGCUAAUUCUUAAGUGCGGUCUGGUUUUCGGCAGACGACGCUGGAAUACAGAACAGACCUGA